AUGAGAGGCAUCCAAAUUUCACAAUACCUACAGAGCCCAGAUGAUGUAGACCGACUCUCCCCAAUUCAACUACCGGACCCAUCGCCCAAAGAAGAUCAAUAUCUUAUUGCUAUCCGGGCCUCGGCAACCAAUUUUUUCGACAUUCUGCAAGUUCAAGGGAAAUACCAACAUCAACCGCCUCUCCCCUGGAUAUCGGGGAGUGAAUUUAGCGGCUAUGUGUUGAAGACUCCUUCGACAGGGGUACCUAGAUAUAAAGUCGGAGAUCGGGUAUUUGGAGCCUCCCAAGGCUCCUACGCCACCAAAAUAUGUGUAUCGGAGAAUUUAUUACACAAAAUACCCGACGGUUGGAGCUAUGAGGCUGCUGCUGGACUUUACGUCACAGUUCCUACGUCGUAUGCAGCGCUGACACUAAGAGCGAACUUGAAGGAAGGGGAGUGGGUUUUGGUACACGCGGGGGCUGGCGGUGUGGGCUUAGCCGCAAUCCAGGUGGCCAAAGCUCUAGGCGGGAAGGUGAUCGCAACAGCGGGAUCCAAAGACAAGUUGGAAAUCUGCAAAUCAUUUGGUGCAGACUAUGGGAUCAUCUAUCGAGAGAAAUCCUGGACGCAGGAAGUAUUGAAACUUACAGGCGGACGCGGAGUCGAUGUGGUUUAUGACCCUGUCGGGUUGGUCGACUUGAGUAUGAAGUGCAUCAACUGGAAUGGAAGGAUUUUGAUCGUAGGAUUUGCUGCCGGGACUAUCGAAAAGGUCGCCCUUAAUAGAGUGCUGUUAAAGAACAUCAGCCUAGUCGGAAUCCAUUGGGGGGCAUAUAGUAAAUUUGAGCCAGAGAUGAUCGAUCGGGUCUGGCAAGGGAUCUUCAAUCUUAUCGAACAAGGGAAGUUCAAGCCGACAGUCUAUGACAAGAAAUUCGAUGACCUCGAAAACGUGGGGGCAGCUCUAAAAGCCUUGGGCCAACGAGAGACUUGGGGUAAAGUCGUGGUUUCGGUGCCAGAAGAGGAAGAGCGGUCGAAACUAUAA